GACCCAAAAUAAUCAUCAUCUGUUUCGUCUUUUGUUUUCCUUGAUUUGGUUUCUGUUCUUCUCUCAUUUUUAUGCUCUGAUUUUGUAUUCUCACUGCUUCAUCCUCGCCCAAAAUUUGUUUGCUUGAUUUUUUGUUUAAUAAAAGAACAGGGGAUAUAAAAGAGAGCAUACGUUUCAUGACGUGUCCAUGUUGGGUUGGAUUCUUGUUUUAAGCGUUUUUUUUCCCUUUUUCUGGCUAGGCGUAGCGAUAGUGAGUGUAAGUUUUGAUCAUAAUCAUGGGUUUAGCAGAACCAGAUCAUAAAGUUGUUCUGUUUAAUCUGCAAAGACGCAGUUGCUGAAGCUUUUGUGGUUUUGCCUUCUUCGUUCUUCCUGUUGUACGAGACAUGGGUGAAGCUAAAGAAGCUAGAAGCAGAGCAAUGGAAAAUCUUUCUCUACAAUUAGAUAAGUACCCGAGAGAUUUAUUGCAGAGAUUUACGUGUAACAGUACGCAGCAAUCCGAAUAUGCGACACCCAGUGAAGAUUCGGAGGAGAUUGAGCUAAAUCUUGGCCUCUCGCUGGGUGGUCGAUUCGGGGUCGACAAGAGCGCAAAGAAGCUAAUCCGGUCGUCCUCCAUAGCGGGAAUAAUGCCGGUGGUUCAAGACGAUGAGUCAUUAGCUCCGAAACCUCCAUCGUACCCGACACUCAUGAGGACCUCUUCGCUUCCGACGGAGACAGAGGAGUGGCGGAAGAGGAAGGAGCUACAGACAUUGCGGCGAAUGGUGGCAAAGCGAAGGCGGUCGGAGAAGCAGAGGAGCUCCAAGGCAGAGAAAGAGGAGGAAAGGAAGGAAAGCGAGGGUCUAGCGGGGUUGAAUUUGAGAGAUAAGCAGCAAUCUGCAGCGGCCAAUAGGUUUAGUUCGACCCUGGCGUCGCCUUUGAGGAUUCCCGCUUGGGCUUCGACGGCGAGGGAGGCAGCGCUAGGCGGCGUCGUUGAGGCAGCAGCGAAAGGGAAGGGUCGUUUCUUGGGAUUUCAGGGGUUUGUGCGCCCGACUUCCCAGCGGUCGUGCGAAUCGCAAGUGGGAUGCUGGUCGGGGAUGUCGGAAUUGGAGAAUAAACAUCUUCAAGGAUCGGGCAGUUGUGGUGAAGCAAGAAGCCCUGUCGGUAACCAGUCAUUGCAGGAGCGAAGCAGUCAGGAGGCUGUAGGUUCUUCGGUGACAAAGACCGAGGAAAAUCCAUGCAGAACUUCCAUAGCAGAGAUGGAAAAUCCAUCAAAGAAGCAUGAUUGUGCAGAAAAUAGAGGUAAAGAAAUUGGGAUGAAUGCAAUGGAAGAUAUGCCAUGUGUUUUCACAAAAGGAGAUGGUCCUAAUGGUAGAAGAAUAGAAGGCAUUCUGUACAAGUAUGGGAAGGGAGAGGAUGUGAGGAUAAUGUGUGUAUGCCACGGAAGCUUUCUCUCAGCGGCAGAGUUUGUCAAGCAUGCUGGUGGUGGUGAUGUCGCUCACCCACUGAGGCAUAUAGUUGUAAACCCUUCCUCUGCUUCGUUUUCAUAAUGUUGGUUUUCAAAGAGAGCUUGCUCCAAGUUCAAACAAUUUCUCAAUAUGGUAUGGAAGAGAUUUAUAUAAAUGCAUGUCUUUG